AUGAACCCUAUAUCCCUCCUCGUGCUCGCCAUGACUGUCACUGCACAGUUUUGCCCUCUCCGUGGUGGUAGUGGCGGUAGUGGUGGCAUUGUACAUCUAGAUGUGAGGAGGAAGGCGCUUUUCAUCAAGGAGAUCGGGGCGAGUCAGGGGUUUCAACCCAAGAUGUCGUGGAUCGGCGCAAAUGGCACGCGUCUAGUCAGACAAGCGCGAUCACCAGAGAUCUCACUAUCUUACCACUGA